CGACGCUCUUUCAUUUCUUUCUAUAUUCAUUCUUUGACAAGAUUUCUGUCCUUACUUUUUUACUAUGUACUACCCAGCAGCCCUUCUGUGUUCCUUUGUGGCUGCGGCCGCGGCGGUAGCGCCCCCAAAUGGUACUCGGUGUCUUCCAUUCCCCUCUUCCAUGGAACUUCUCUCUUCGCACUUUGAGCAAAGUGCUCCGCCGUUGGUACAGUCUGCCUUUGGCACGAACUUUAUCCAACAUAAAUGGAACUCGAACAUGUCCCAUAUUACCACUGGUCAUAUCUACAAUUCCCCUGAACAGGGUAAAGUCCGUGUUGACCAAGCUCACGAGGGCACUCUGGCAUCCUCUCUCUUUAACUACGGCAAUGUUUCCGAAAAUGGCUUGGUUGACAAUACCAUGGUCUCUUUCACUGAAGACUUCAACAAGCCGGAGGUUUUCCAUGGUUAUGUUCAUCAAAACUUCCCUCUCUGGACAAAUGACGUACUGGUCCAAAACAAGGCUGUGUUUGGUGGGCUAGUCGAAAGAGAUUUUGUCAGCGGUAAAGUUGCUUCUUGGGAUAUCAUGUACCAGGGAGCUGUCCCUGUCACCAUUUUUGUGAAUUCAUGCAACGUCAUUGUUGGAUAUGACUACUUUUCACCAGAAUUGAGGACCAGGGUUGUUACUAUGUAUUUCAACACACAGAUUGGACCUGUCACCCCGGACGCCUUUAUUGCUUUUUCUGCCUUGCCAUCAUAAAGAUACGUCUAUUCAGGUCCUUGUAUUGGACAAAAGGGUGCUGUUUGAGGCUCAUCGUCUGGAACUUUUCAUUUGAACUUGACUGGUCCUCACAGCAGAUCAUUAUGCAACUGCAUUGUCUAGGCGGCUUCAAGUUUAUAGAGAUAUGUAUAGAUAAGAUCUAGAUAAGAUCCAAU